AUGGCUACCGGGUUCGUCUUGAAUCUCCUUUUUCUUCUCUCGUUGUUCUUUGCGUCUCUUAGCAACGCCGGUCACCCAGCCUGGGAGGCAGGCGCUACAACUGCCACAGCCGAAUGGAUACACAUAGAUCCAUCUUGGGAUUGGCCCACGUGGUAUCGUGAGACCAUUCAGUAUUACUUCAACAGUCCAGCAUCGAAAGAGAGAUUGUCAAGUGACAUCAGGGCCGCAUGGCAACUCUGGCUUGCUGCAGGCUUGCCAGAGACCUUCAGAUUUGUCGAGUUUCCCAAGUGGCGGUGCGAGCAACAUCCAUACAGUUGUUUGCUUAUCGUUGGAGACGGGGAGGUACCGUCGGCUUAUACCAGCCUUGGAAGGCAAGUCUCACAUCCCUGGGAUGCUAUUACCAUGUACUUGGUCUUUGAGCCGGGUGAGGACGAACACAGCAGGGCCCUGAUAGCUGCCCACGAGAUCGGGCAUGCCUGGGGUCUCAUCCAUGAACAUCAAAAUCCCUUGUAUUGGCAGUGGGCCUACUAUGCAACCAGAUCGGAUUCACUAUUUCGGUUUUAUUGCGCGAAUGUGCAAGGGUAUGACGCGGUAGCGCAUGAAAUCAAUAGUACUAGGGAACUCUGGGGCGAGAACGGCCCCUGUCGCAAUUCGUUACGAGCUUCGGAUAUGGACUUUUAUGCCUCCGAAAUACUUCCAUGGGCGCAUCGAUAUCAAUCACCACAUCAUUUGUGGCCUCAGGACUCUGACGUGGAUUGGGACUCUAUCAUGAUUUACGGAUCUUACCUUUUCGGAGAGCUGGAUGAGCAUGGCAACCCGAAACCGACCCUUCUCCGGAUGAAGGACCUUCAGGUUAUCCCAGAUCCUGACACCGUGACGGACCUCGACGUUGUUGGGCUGUUGCAUCUCUAUCAUCCCAAAUUUGGGAAGUUCCUGGAUGUGUUUCACAACGAGCCAUCUAGCCCUUGGUACACCAUUUUCCAGGGGAAGAUCAAGAGCUGUCCAAUUAAGACCUGA